AUGCUCCCGCACCGCCCGCCCGGGGCUCGCCGGCUCCGCUGCCGCUCCUCCCUCCCUCCCUCUGCCGCGGGGCGGCCCCGGCGGGGCGGCGGCAGCGGCGGGGCGGGCGCGGGGAGGGCGGCGGGCGGCGCCGCGGGCGGCGGGGAGCGCGGGCUCGCUCGGUCCUUCCCCCGCCGCGGGGGGCGGGGACCCGUGACACCGCAGGGUCGCACUCUGCCGCGGGUCCCGCCCCCCUCCCUGUGCUCGUCCUCCCCGCAGGGGCACCCCGGCACUCCGGCCGUCACGGUGGCACCACCACGGUCGCAAAUGAGUCGCUGGAGUCACUCGUGUCUGCGUGAAGAAACCAAGUCCUUGCGUAGCCGCCCCCCGGCACACGUGGGGUUCGAGUCAGAGAUGGGGGGAGCAUCACCCAAGCCGCAGGUGGGCGCGGUGCGGCCGCGGCUGCAGCGGGGACCCGCGACACUGCACAGGUCAGCCCUAAAGCGAGCCAUCAUCCGGACAGCGGCACGGGGACACGCUUCCCAGCGCCAGAGAACGACGCACAAAAUGAGGCGACGUGCUAAAGGAAGAAAAGGCUUUCACCUGGCUUUUGUCCCAAGUCUGGCUGAUGCGGUUGCACUGAGGGCCGUGGGUGCUGCGGCCCGGGCUGUCCCGGCCCCGCCGCUGAGGGCCGUGUGUGUGGCGGCCCGGGCUGUGCCGGUCCCGCCGCUGAGGGCCGUGGGUGCUGCGGCCUGGGCUGUCCCGGUCCCGGCCGCGGCUCUCCCUGCGGAGCGGGGCCGCCCCCUGCCGGCCGCCGCCGCCGCUGCAGCCCCGGCCGCCGCGGGGCUUCGUCCCGCAGCAUGCGCUAUCAGCGACCCCCCGAACAACCGCGUAAAUAUCUGA